AUGCCCGUCCCUUUCGAGACUCUGAUUCCCUAUGGAAUCAUGAUUGCUAUGUUUGGUAUCACUGGUACCGGACUGCACGUCAUCAAGGGCAUCCAGAACGGUGGAAAGAAGCCCCGUUGGGGCUUGGAUCAGUGGGAUAGGCAAAGUACGUGCCUGAUCAACCCGAAAUAUACACAAUUACUCACGGGCGAUCUGCGUGGACAGGUCGCCAACCACGAAGCGCCUCCAGGCUUCGAAUUGAACCACCCUUGGAGAUUGGAGAAGCGCAUGUCAUAG